UAUUCCGACAACGUCGCCUUUGUUUCGACGGCAACGGUGCAACUAUGCAUGAGGAACUUUAUUAUUAUUAAAAAUAUUUACUAUCUGUGGUGCAGUUGAAAUAUGUUUACGUGAUUCUGGACUGGGCACUAUUAAAUGUUGAACGAUGGACGAAGAGAAGGCCGUUCAAGAGGGUUUGCUGUUGCUGCCUUCCAAGGAAAAACUGCUGAAAGUUAAAAAGCCACAUCGGAAGUACUGCCUUCUGUACAAGGCCAGCAAGCAGGGCAUCGAGAGGAUUGAGAUUUUUGAUAGUGCUGAUGAGGCUAGCAAAUUGAAUGCCGUACCAUACAAAAUCAUCACAUUGGAGGACUGUGUGAAAGUCUCCAAAAAAACAGACACUUAUUUCAGUGUUGUUACAAAGAGUGGUACCUAUGAUUUUCAAACCCAUACAGAAAUUGCUCUAAAACAAUGGAUUUCUGCUUUGCAAAUUGUUGCAUUCAAGGAGGACCCAGAGCACUCAGCAAGUCUAGUCGAAGAUAAUGAUCUGUACUGUUCCAUAGGGGAGGGAACAUUCAAUGUGAAACUGUAUGAAACUGAUGCUUCCAUCAGAUGCAAUUUGCUACCGAAAAAUUACAUCUUGAUGUUGACCGCAACAGCAAUUCAAUUGAGGGAGGUGUCUGAUGAUGCACUUCUAUUUACUUGGCCAUAUCAGUUUGUGAGGAGAUAUGGUUACAGUGAAGGAAAGUUCACUUUUGAAGCAGGCAGGAAAUGUGACUCAGGGGAAGGAAAAUUCCUUUUGGAGCAUUCAAAUGAGCAGGAAAUAUUUCGUUAUGUGACCAUGAAAAUGAAAUCUAUGAAGAAGCUGUUAAAAACUGAUUCCAUGCCCAACUUGGAUUGUGGUGACAAGCAGUUGCUGGCAGUUCUUAAUAUGGAAGCCAAGAGCAGGAGCCCCCUGCCGCCAUCUCCAACAACAUCCACAAGUCUGCAGGACUUUUCACAGGAGUUUUCUGCUGAAUUGCCAAAAGUACUCAAUUAUCAUCCAAUUGUGCCACCGAAACCACCCAGGAAGCAUUUACCUGUUAAAGAUGAUUACGAGCCCAUAGAGAAUUAUGAUCAAGUGGAAAUACGAAAGAACGCCUGGCAGACGUUCGGUAUGAUCGACGUGAAUCAUAUGGAGAACGUCGACAGCGAAGAAGACUUAAUCCAAUGGGGUAGGAAAUCUCCGAUUUUCGAGAGCAAGAUCUCGAAGGCCGCCAAAGUUAUAACGGACGUCGAAGAGAGCGACGAGUAUGACAAAUUGAAUUUCUUUGGUUCCACAAGCAAAUUGGACAUGGCCGGCUACAAACAGGUCCGGGCUCAGAAUAACAACCUACCAUCACCGCCAUCCUUUAACGAGUACGACGAGGUGCAUCUUCUCGAAUCGAAGAGGCCAGCGGACGAUUCGCAUCUGGGAUACGCGUUAAUACGGAAGAAGGAGAACCCAGUCGUUCAUAAAUCCUUCAACGACACCGAAUACGCUGUAAUCAGCAAACCGAAGCGAGUCUAGUCUCAAAAAAAGUCGCACCCCCCCUGCAAUAUUAGGAAAUGGUAUGGAAUUGUUGUGUUAUGUGAUUUAUGCCACCCAAGUGCCAAAUUUUCAGAGUACUUACAGAAAUUAAGUACAUGUUACCCUAUUAAGAAAUUUUAUUUAAAAAGAAAACAUAAGAAAUACAAGUAUAUUUUACAAUAUUUGAGGACCAAUAUUUGAUUGA